AUGAAGCGCUCUGCUCCUCCUCUCCAAUUCCUCGCCGCCGCUAUCUCCGCCGAAUCCGCCUCCAUGUCUUCUCGCCGCCCUCCUUACCGUGGCAGUAAUAGCAGAAAUCAAUGGGGAAGAAGAACCUUCUCGAACCGCCCGAACACAGAAGACUCCAAUUCAGGGUUCCCCCACGGAGAAGCAAACCAGAACUUCACUCCACGGCCGUCGCCACCACCUCCAACGCGUUACUAUCAAAAUCAACAAUUCCGCCAGCCACCACCUCCACCGCGUUACUAUCAAAAUCAACAAUUCCGCCAGCUACCACCUCCACCGCGUUACUAUCAAAAUCAACAAUUCCGCCAACCACCAACACAACAACCUUCCGAUCAAAAUCAUCACUUCCGGCAAUAUUCGCCGUUCAAUCAGAAUCAAAAUCGACAGUUGUUCAACCAGAAUUACAGGCCGCAGAGGCCUGCUAAGCCAUUGGAUUAUAGGAACUGGGAGUAUGCCAAAACGGCUCCACCUCGUGAUUCUGACAAAUUUAUUGUCCUUUCUUAUAAUAUAUUAGCUGAUUAUCUAGCAAUUAAUCACCGGAGCAAACUUUAUUAUCAUAUACCGCGGCAUAUGUUAGAUUGGGAACGGAGAAAGAGGAAUAUAAUUUUCGAGCUCGGUUUAUGGUCUGCUGAUAUAUUGUGCUUUCAGGAGGUUGAUAGGUUUGGAGACUUGGAAAAGGAGUUGAAGGUCCGGGGAUAUAAUGGAAUUUGGAAGUUGGUCUAUGAAGAACCCAUCGAGUUCAAUAAGCAUGGACUUCGGGAUAAUGUUGCUCAGAUAUGUGUGCUAGAGCAGUUAAUAAGACCAGAUAACCCUGCAGACCCAUCAACUCUAUCUACGAGCUCAACCAGUUCUAAUAAAGUUCUCAUAUGUAACAUUCAUGUGCUUUACAAUCCCAAAAGAGGAGAAAUUAAGCUUGGUCAGGUCAGGAUGCUCCUAGAUCGAGCUCAUGCUGUUUCAAAAACUUGGAAUGAUGCCCCAGUUGUUCUUUGCGGUGAUUUUAAUUGUACUCCAAAGGUCACUUCUAGUUCAGCAUUUCUUAAAUGGCGCAGAUUUGUUGUGGUUGAUCUUUUAUGUCAUAGUCCAUUAUACAACUUCAUUUCAGAACAGAAGUUAGAUUUCUCUGGAGUUGAUAGAGAUAAAGUAUCAGGACAAGCUUCUGCUGAAAUACGCACUUCUAGGCCAUAUAAUUCUGGUCGUAAUCCUAAUGCUAGUCCUGGGUAA